AUGACCGGUAGAGUGCUCCAGCGCCUCCCACGCCGGCCCGGACGGCCGCCUCUGCGCACCGUCUCCGCUCCGGACCCGGCCGAGGAGUGCGUCCGGGACGUGGGAACGCUCCACGUCGACGAGGAGCCGUUAUUGACCAGCGAAAGCGAGACGCUCCCACGGGACUCCCACGACGACAGCCAGCGCGGCUCUCCGCGGGAACUGGAGGAGGAGGAGCCGCGCUGCGCGCUUCUGGAGUGCGGCAGCGACAUAGUCAAGAGGAUCAUCAACCAACUAGCGCCCGCGGACGCGCAGCGGUUCGCGUCGUGUUCGCGGGAGACCCUGCGCAUGGUGUUGCGCUACAGCACCGCCACGCUGGACGCGGCAUCGCUGCUCAACAGCGCUCUGCCCGCCGAGGAAGCCGCGAAGCUCCAGCACAAGACAGACGCCGAGCUCCUCGACGUCCUGGCCCGCUGUAUGGGCUACUUGGACUACGAGGCCCAAGGGCGGGUGUCUCUGGCAGGCGCGGGCGUCGGGGUGGUCGUGUGGGAGCUCGGAAAGCUCCGCGAGGCCGCGGACGCGUCCAGGAGACGCUACGGCGUCGUUGCGACGGAGCCCGUGCUGUGGGAGAUGGAGUUGCGGGGCACGGCAGACUCGGUCGUGACGCUGCGACUCGUGGACUGCGAACGCACCGCGGGACACUACUGCAGGCUGUCGGAGGGCAUGAAGAACCUCGUGGAGCUCGACCUGUCCAGGAGCAAUCGCCUCUACCCGGAAGGGUUCCUGCCAGCGAGCAGCGCCGGCGCCGUCCGCGUCCUGAAGGCGCCGUUCAGCAACCUCUUCCGCGUCCCGGAGCGAAUGGCGGCGCUGCGCGAGCUCAACUUGUGGCGCUGUCUGUCGCUGGACGUAGACCACUUCCUCCCCGCGAGCUCAGCCGCGAACCUCAGCGUACUCAAGCUUGGCCGCAGCACCGUGCAGCGCUUGCCGGGCUGCCUCGAGGCCCUCACGGAGCUGGACGUGACGUCGUGCGACGCCCUCGACGAAGAGGGCUUUCUGCCGGUCAGCAGCGGCCGGAGCCUGCGCGUCCUGCGCGCCAAGGACUCGAACAUCGCGCGGCUGCCCCGUGCCAUGCUCAGGCUCCGCUGCAUCGACGUGGAGGGGUGUAGAAACCUCAAGGAGGACUUUUUGCCGCAAUCGAGCGGGAGGGCGGUGCGGUCGAUCAAGGCGUUCAACAGCGCGCUGAAGCGCCUUCCGCCGCACAUGGCCGCGCUCUCAACGGUCAACGUGCACCUCGUCAAGACCCUGCAUCGCGACUGGCUGCCCGGAACCAGCGCCUUCAAUCUUCAAACUGUAGAUGCCAGGGAAUCCAACCUGGCGCACCUGCCGGACGAUCUCUGCGCGCUCGAGGACUUGAACGUCGCGGGCUGCGCGGGCCUCGAGCCCGACUUCCUCCCGCAGCGCGUUCCACAGCUGCGGUGGCUGCGCGCGCGCGGCGCCAACGUGUCGAGGCUUCCGCGGGACGUGCCGGCCCUGGAGGAGCUCGACGUGCGCGACUGUCUGCUGCUGCGCGUCGGGCAGCUGCCGAAGGCGCCUGGCGCGAAGUUCCUGCUCUGA